AACAACCUUUUCGCAUGACGCGUUCAAAAAAGAAAACAUCUUUGUCUACACCGGCAUUGUACGAGCCUCUCUAUCUAGAUCUAUCUAUAUGUAGUGGCUGCGUGGUGUUGGGUUGGGGUUGUGAAGAAGGUUUGUGAGUUAGGAUUGGAAUGAAUACGGACGGGGAGUCGGAAGCAAAAGCGCCGCUGUUGGUGCCGGCGGCAACCGAUGGUCGGAGGCUGAGUAGUAGCGGCCGCCGCUUACGACUCAGUCGCCGGAAUUCGGUAAACUCGUUCAGACAAGACUUCGUGUCCAGACUCCCUGAUAAGCUCCGACCUGGCCUCGACCUCGAGUCUGCUUCUCUAAUUGAUUUCUCCAAAACCACUGAUUUAACUCAAGGAGAAAAAGAAUACUAUGAAAGACAAAUUGCAACCUUGAAAUCAUUUGAGGAAGCUGAUUCUUUGAUGACAUCUGACAGCAUUGAUGAGGAAGAUUUCGAAGAACAAGCCCAACAAGAAAGAGCAAUGAAGAUAUCUAAUUAUGCAAAUGUUAUCCUACUGGCAUUUAAGAUUUAUGCUACAAUAGAGACCGGAUCAAUAGCCAUUGCUGCAUCAACACUGGAUUCCUUACUUGAUCUCAUGGCUGGUGGCAUACUUUGGUUCACUCACUUGUCAAUGAAAAACAUUAACAUCUAUAAGUAUCCUAUUGGGAAAUUGAGGGUGCAACCAGUAGGCAUAAUUAUCUUUGCUGCUAUCAUGGCCACACUCGGCUUUCAGGUAUUGGUCCAGGCUGUAGAACAACUAGUUGAAGAUGAAGCUUCUGAAAAGAUGACCACUGAUCAAUUGGUAUGGUUGUACGCAAUCAUGUUAUCUGCUACGGCGAUAAAACUUGCACUGUGGUUUUACUGCCGAAGCUCGGGAAGCACAAUUGUCCGUGCUUAUGCAAAGGAUCACUAUUUUGAUGUGGUAACCAAUGUAGUCGGGUUAGUUGCAGCUGUUCUUGGUGAUGAGUUCUACUGGUGGAUUGACCCUGUCGGUGCUAUUGCUCUUGCAAUUUAUACAAUCACAAAUUGGUCUGGAACUGUUCUCGAAAAUGCAGUGUCACUUGUGGGACAAUCAGCUUCCCCUGAAGUCUUGCAGAAGAUGACUUAUCUCGUCAUAAGGCAUCCCCAAGUCAAGCGUAUUGACACAGUCCGUGCUUACACUUUUGGUGUUCUGUAUUUUGUAGAGGUUGACAUUGAACUUCCUGAAGAGUUACCAUUGAAAGAAGCACAUGCCAUAGGAGAGACCCUGCAGAUGAAGAUAGAGAAACUUCCUGAAGUUGAAAGGGCAUUUGUUCAUCUUGAUUAUGAGUGUCAACACAAACCAGAGCACUCUGUUCUCAGUAGGCUGCCCAAUAGAGAGGAUUGAUUUUUCUUUCAGUUCAUGUUAGUUACUACUUACAUGCUUCAAAAUUUGGCCGCCUGGAAAUUUACUUGAUAGGAAUGGUUGGGAUAGUAAACAACUUUUCUGGUUUGAGCAUGAGUGGACUUUGAAUCUUCUUCCAUAUUUCGGAUCUAAUUGUUAUAUAUAAGUCACUUUCAUGUGCCUGUUGUAUGGAGAAAACUGUACAAUGAGUCUUCUGAAAUACUAGCAAAUGAGGCGAUUUAUUCGGC